UGGGGUGCAUGGCAGGGCCAGCACCCCUCACCUCACCCUGCCGUGCCCAUGCCACCCGUGGGUGUUGCUUGAGGGGGGCAUGGUGCCAGGUGACCUCCAGUGCCAAGGAACCGGGAGCAGCCUGGAGCACGAGGAGCACAGCAUGGAGCCGCCAGCCGUGGCCGAGCAGGAGGAGGAGGAGGAGCUGCCCCUCAGCACGGGGCCCGGCCCGGCGGGAUGCCAGCUCUUCGGUUACGUGGGCAUUGAAGCUGUGCUCGACCAGAUGAAAGUCAAAACCAUGAAGAUGGGCUUCGAGUUCAACAUCAUGGUCGUGGGGCAGAGCGGGCUGGGGAAGUCGACGAUGGUGAACACCCUCUUCAAGUCCAAGGUGAGCCGCAAGGCCUUGCAGCCCGGCCAGGACGAGAGGAUCCCCAAGACGGUGCAGCUGCACUCCAUCACCCACGUCAUCGAGGAGAAGGGUGUGAAGAUGAAGCUGACGGUGACGGACACCCCGGGCUUCGGGGACCAGAUCAACAACGAGAACUGCUGGGAUCCCAUCAUCAAAUACAUCAACGAGCAGUACGAGAGGUACCUGCGCGAGGAGGUCCUCAUCACCCGCAAGAGGAAGAUCCCUGACACCAGGGUCCAUGGAUGUGUCUACUUUGUGCCCCCCACGGGUCACUGGCUGCGCCCGCUGGACCUGGAGUUCAUGCGGCGGCUCAGCAAGAUCGUCAACGUGGUGCCAGUGAUCGCCAAGGCAGACACCCUCACCCUGGAGGAGCGAGCAGAGUUCAAGCAGCGGAUCCAGGAGGACCUGAAGGCCCACGCCAUCAGCCUGUACCCGCAGCAGGACUUCGACCAGGACCCGGAGGACCGGGCGCUCAACGACAGGAUCCGGGAGAAGAUCCCCUUCGCUGUGGUGGGGGCGGACCAGGAGCACCAGGUGAAUGGCAAGAGGGUGCUGGGCCGCAAGACCAAGUGGGGAAUCAUUGAAGUGGAGAACCCUGCGCACUGCGAGUUCCCCCUGCUGAGGGACCUGCUGAUCCGGUCACACCUGCAGGACCUGAAGGACAUCACCCACAACGUCCACUACGAGAGCUACCGCGUCCGGCGGCUCAGCGAGAGCAGCCGCCUGGCACUGAGCCCCCUCAACGGGCUGCCCGCCAAGGGCGAGCCUGGCAGUGCCCUCUGAGCCGCCACGGCCACCCCGGAGCCGCCGCCGGAGCCCCGUGGCUGUGCCCGGACCCUGCCUGGGUGAGGAGCCCAAUGCCAGUUUGGGCUGAGGAGUCCCCCCAAGAGUUGCCCUGGGUUGGGUCCCCCUGGUCCCUCCUCCCCAAGCUCUGCACAGACCCCUCGGACCUUGCACUGCAUUAAAGGUCAGCUUGGAGCCUUCAGCCUUCACCAUCCUCCUCCUCCUCUGCUGGAUCCCUUGCUUCUGACCUGCCACCACCCUCCUGGUUGCUCUGGUCACUGGGGCCAUGGGGUGAGACAUCCCCAGCCUGGUGCUGCCAGGGAGCC